AUUGUUCGAUUAAUCGUGUCUUUUCAGUAAUUAUACACAAUUUUGUUUAUUUGAACACAUCGAAAUAUUACUAGGACAUUAUAAAGUUCAUUGUAAAUUAAUUAUAAUCUGGAGGAUCUCCACUAUCCAACCAUUACCAUUUUAAACCAGAAAUAGUGGAAUGCUACAUUAAAUCCCAACCGUUUUUAACAUUCCUAUCUUGAGUUUAGAGGAGUUUUUGUUUAUAAGUAUAUAAAAUAGUGCGCUUAAAUGAUUAAUAUUCAUAGCAAUGGAGGAUAAUGUUGUCGAGUUUAUAUAUAAAUACAAGGAUCACGAAAACAAGGAAUGUGCAGCAAGUAUUAAUAUUGAGCUUCCUUUUGAACGUGGUGAUGAAUGUUUGGACGAGUUAGUUACACGCCUAUUAAAUGAUAUGGAUACAAUGCAGCGAUAUCUGGAUGAACACACAAAAAUUAAAUCUGAACUACGUAAGUUCAUAAUAGAUGCGAAUCAAAAUUAUUUGGAUAAAUUUGCCGAGCGACUUUUUGAACAAGCAAGCAAUAAUGAGCUCGACUUGGAAGCAGUUAUACGUAAAACGGAGCGACACUUUAAAGAUGAAAUUAUACAGUUCGCUGAUCGCAUUGGACCAAGUGACGAGGAUAUAUUUGCCCAAAGUUUCCAUCGAUUGGUACACUCAUCUUCACUGGAGGAGAUAUUGAAACGUGAAAGAGCUUACGCAAAAGAUAUUUCAGAUAUGGUCACUUUAAUGGAUGAAGAAGUAGAGACACUUAACUCGACACAGCAAAAAGAAAUGGAUAGUAAAAUUAAACAAUUGGACAUAACCACUACAUCUGAUGAUAUAAAUAACCUACUUGCACAACAAUACAGUACUCAAAAUUAUAUACGACAACGUUACGAGUCGGAGUUGCAAGCCAAACGAGGCCAUCAACGCAAUGAAUAUCGCGAUUGGAUUACGUGCCAGGUAGGCACAAUAUUUGAGACAUCUCCGGCGGCUACGCCAUUAGGAAAUCGUUCGUCUAUGUUUAUAUCACAACAACCGUCGAUGGAGGAAAGUUUCACAAUACAUUUAGGCUCCCAACUCAAGCAUAUGCACAACAUACGCAUCUUAAGUGCUAAUGUUACAGAUCUCUGCAGCCCGCUGCAUGUUGACGAAAGUUUAAAUGGACUGAAUAUGGCGUUGGGCUUAUAUUCAAGUUCCCUAUGUGGUGUAGUUGUGCUAACGCCAUCUAUACAGGCACAGGCCAAUAGGAAUAUUAUAAAAAAUGCUAACAUGUCUACCGAAUUUCACUUUGAUCAGAUUGACAACCAACUGGAAAAUAUAGAAAAGCAAAUAUGUAAUCUCAGUGUUACUGAUUCAACGUCACAAAGUAUGAACAGCAAUAGUUCUGGCAAUGGAAGUAAUGAUGUAUCAUUGCCUACAGGUAUAGUUGGUUCGGGAAGCGCUGGAGGCUCCCCCACUAAAAUGCCCACUACAAAACUGAAAACUGGGGAUUUCUUUAUUACCAAACAUUCAAAUCUCUCACAAUCGCAUGUGAUAUUUCAUUUGAUUUCCGACGAACCAAUCAAUAGUCCUAGUGAGAUUAAUUCUCGCCAUCCCGUUAUACUGGGUUUGCGUAAUAUCCUCAAGACCGCUAGUCGGCAUGAUGUUACGACACUUACAAUACCCGCGCUACUGCGUCAUGAAAUGUCGGAGGAUAUGACAGUGCAGUGGUGCAUGCGGAGAGCUGAGUUGGUAUUUAAGUGUGCCAAGGGGUUCAUGAUUGAAUCAGCAUCUUGGGGCGGAGCAGAACUAAGCACAUUACAGUUGCUAUUGCCACAUGAUAUUUCUGAGGAACUUUUUACCACAUUAGCGGGCAUGGUGCCCAAUGUAUUUCGAGUAGCCAAUCCUAAGAUACUUGUUGAUAGCAAUAAAUGAAGGAGGGAGGGGUGAUAUUUAUUUCUCAAUUAGUUGAGUUAUCCUAUAGAUUUAAUUGAUAAAAUCAUUUAAUGAAACAAUUAUACUUUGCCCAACAAUAUACUUACUUGGUUGUAUUAUAUUAUUUAACCAAAUCAAAAACACAACUUUCAUUUACUUUAUUUUGCUAGUAAUCAUCGAACUCUAAUUGUUUUGUAUAUAGUAUUUUUUUUAACCUUUUAUUAAAUGAAUUGCAAAUUUAUCGUACAUUCCUCAAAAUUGUGAAUUUAGUUUCAAACAAUUUUAUAUUCAAAGUCAUGGAACUCACACCAAGAACUUUUGUUAAAUUUCCUGUAUUACUCCCCCACAGAUACCAAUAGGUAAACAAAUUAAAAAUCUUUUCAAUUUAAUCACUAUUAACUAGUGCAUUUUAACAUUUUAUAAUCAUGUUGAAUUACGCACACACAUACAUAUAUAUGUAUGUUUGUAUGUAUGUAUUCUCAUAUGCAUAGUGCUAAAUAAUUCUAAAUAUUUAACCUUGCUUCAGUUAUCUCUUUUUGUAUAUAUAGUAUGUAUGUAUAUGAUACUUCAUGUUAACAGUAAUUUACGUAAUGUAUUCCCACUCAAACCAACGAUUUCAUCUCUAUUCAAUGUAAUGCCGCCUUAGUUGCGUACUUUGUAAAUAUCUAUGUUAAUACACUUUCAAUGUAAGGGUUCCAAGAUACAUAAGCUCAUAUGUACAAAUUUAUGUAUCAUUGCGACUCGUAAUAUAAACGAAAAAUAUCAAAUUUUGCAGUUGGCGUCAUUUACGAGGAAAAAGAGAACUAAAUAACUAUAAAGUUUGGAUAAGUACCGCUGUGACUAUGUUAUGUAUGCUUGUCGUAAGAUGUAGAUUUAUAUCUGAAAUAUUAUUUUAUGUUUGCUUUGGAAAAUGUGUUCUUAGAAAAAUAGUAAUGCAUUCUCGUAUACUAUUUAUGUAUAUAUUUAAUUAGAAUAAAUGUACAAUACAUACUUAUAAAAGGGAAUUUUUUCAAAUAUGGUUUUGGAAUGCGAAAAAGUGCCGCUUGUAAAAAAUAUAGGAGAAAGCCAAAAAAAAAAUUAAUUUGAAUUCGAACUAUAAUACCACAGGAAGUUUUAACGAAAAUAAUUGAAAUGUUUUUUUUAUUUCUCUUGACACUGAUUUGUUAAAUCUCACUUUGAAGCUAAUUAAAUACUCACACCUGUUCUUACACCAACAAGUGAUUUGAAAUUUUUUUAACGGUAUUUUUACACAAUUAGACUGCUGUUAGCGUAUAGAAUUUAUACAUUAGUCUUCAAAACAGUAAUUUGUUUUACAAUUCGUAUCGGUUCAAUAUUUUUGAACAAAUGCAACUGUAGUAUUUAACACUCUCGUGAAGGAUUGGCUAUCAAAUGUUGUCUGUUGCCUGACGAGUUACAGACUAUGACAGAAAAACAGAAGUGAUUGCGAAAAGAGAAUACAUAUAAGUAGUUUUUUUGCAAUUAAAUGUAAAUUAAUUCAAAAAACUAUUAAUAAAAAGAAAUCAUAUUUUCCACUGAAAUAAUAAACGUUGAAGUAAACAUGUGUUUACCCCAUAUUCGUAGUUUUAAUUUAAUAUUGAUUCAUUCUUAAUUAAUAUACCGCUCCUAUAUAUUAGCAUGUAUUAAUUUAUAAAUAAUUUAAGUUUACGUUUUAUAUUAAAUUUGAAGUUGUUUCCAGCAUGUAUAAUUCCAACAACCUAAACAACUACAUCAAAUCUAUAUAAAUCUUACUUGAAGGAGCUAAGAAUUUGAAAAAUAUCUUUAUAUAAUUAUUACUAAAUUUCUAAAUAUUGCUAAUUUAGUUAUUAAGAGAUCAAAACUAAAAUUGUUUUUGAUUGAGGGUAAGACAUAAUUUCGAAACUUCUUAUGUGAAAUUAGACUUCUUUAUUUAACUAAUGACAAAUACAUUUCGAUUAGAGAAACCAAGUAGAAGAAAUGUGAAGGCUUCGGACGCGCAAUAUUAUUUUAAUUAGUUCCUUUAUCAACCCUGUAUGUGAAUGUUUGGUGUUAUAUAUGUUUUUUAUAUAAUAAAUACGAAUAUUGCUUUCUAAGAGAAAUUCAGUUGUGUUUUCGCAGGCCUCUAAAUUCUUCAACAUUUCGAUAAACUCAUAGUGUUUAAUGUUAUAAUUUGAAUUUGUUUCUACUUUAUUAGUUACAUGUAAUAUCCAAUUCUCGAAAUACCGUUGAUUUUGGUUUCUUUACAUUUACUCAUUUUUUUCGUUUUUAAAUAAACUUAAACUUUAUGAUUUCUCGUGUGCAACUUUAUUUAAUUUUUUUUUUUGUCGGUGCAUAAAACUCUAGCAACUACAUAUAUGUAUAUGCUUCAUCAUUCAGAUGUAUGAUACGCUUGCUUGCUACAAAAUGCGGUGAGUUUACAUAAAAUGUAACGGUAAACUACAUACAUUCGUUUAACUCACCAAUAAUUAAAUGUGCUCAUGUCGUGAUUUCUACAUUAUUUUCAUAGUUUUUUUUUCUCGGUAUAGUCUAAAACUAGUUCAUGUGUAGUAUGUAUGUGUGUAAUGUAAAAUAUUCUGCGUUAAAUUAUGCAUUGGAUAAUCGUAUAGUAUUUGUAGCGUUAAAUUGUUUACUUAAAAGCAAGAAUAAACAUAAAUAAAUUACAGCUUAAGUUCAAAUUA